CCCCCACCCCCUCGGGCCACCCGCUCUUGAGUUGGAGAGUCCUGGCUCCCGUUCGGCUCACAGUCCGGGCAACAGAGGGACACGGGAAUGGACACAGAAGGGAGUCAGAGCAGCUUGUCGUCCUCCACGCAGGACUCCCCACACGACCCCUGCAAAAUGUUCAUCGGCGGGUUGAGCUGGCAGACGACACAAGAAGGGCUGAAGGAAUACUGUAAAUUCGGCGAGGUGAAGGAGUGUAUGGUGAUGCGGGAUCCGGUUACAAAGCGGUCGAGGGGGUUUGGAUUUGUCACCUAUGUAGACCAGACCGGUGUGGAUAAAGUUUUGGCCCAAAACAGACACGAGCUGGAUUCAAAAACAAUUGACCCUAAGGUGGCCUUCCCACGCAGAGCUCAGCCGAAGCUGGUAACAAGAACAAAGAAGAUCUUUGUUGGAGGAUUGUCUGUCAACACCACCAUCGAAGAUGUGAAACAGUAUUUCGAUCAAUUUGGAAAGGUUGAUGACGCGAUGCUAAUGUUUGACAAAACCACCAACAGACACAGAGGUUUUGGCUUUGUGACCUUUGAGAAUGAAGACGUGGUGGAAAAGGUCUGCGAGAUCCACUUUCACGAGAUCAACAACAAGAUGGUGGAGUGUAAAAAGGCGCAGCCGAAGGAAGUGAUGUCACCGACAGGUACGGCACGAGGCCGCUCCAGGGUGAUGCCCUACGGCAUGGACGCCUUCAUGCUGGGAAUCGGCAUGCUGGGUUACCCAGGGUUCCAGACAGCCACUUACGCCAGUCGUGGCUACACAGGAAUCACACCGGGAUACACAUACCAGUUCCCAGAAUUCCAUUUAGAACGGACGCCCCUUUUGACUUCCUCUCACCCCCAAGAGAUCACAGCCAUUCCACUGACGGCCUACGGACCAAUGGCAGCGGCCGCAGCUGCAGCGAUGGUCAGAGGUUCCACCCACUCACGUACCGCCGGCUUCCUGGGCACCAGCAGCCCUGGGCCAAUGGCAGACCUGUAUGCAGCAGCCAAUCAGGAUUCAGGAGUCAGCAGCUAUAUCAGUGCGGCAAGUCCCGCCCCCAGCACAGGGUUUGGACAUGGACUCGGGGGUCCUUUGAUUGCAACGGCCUUUACCAAUGGCUACCACUGAGGGGUGUCCAAUCAGAGCCCAGCAUGGGAGGAGAAACUCACGCUCUUGUGAACCGUGAGCACUGCUGGCGACAUGACGUGCUUUUGGGACGAACCCCACGGGCGGCUACGGUCCCUCCUGACUCCGCUCUGGAGUUAACACCUUUUCUUUUUCUCUAUUCUCUACUAACAUCACUUUCCGUUUUCCUCAUCCCGUAUUUCCUUCCUGACGUAUCCGACUCAUUUAUUAUAUG